AUGUUCUUUUUAAUGGAAGCACAAAGAUGGUCCACGACUGCUACUGGUCACCAACAAGGCAACAACCCUUGGGUACUAAAUAAGAUGUAUUCUCUCCAGCCUAUUCAUGUCAUGCCAGGGCAAGAAAUCAGUGGUAAACUUCAUUUGGUUGUCAAAAGUGUGUGGCCCUGUGCUGAUCAAGGUGGAAUCCUUCACACAUCAUCGUACAAACUCAACUUGAAGGAACCUUAUUAUAGAAUGUCUCAGCCAUCAUGCACAAGAACCACCAGCACAACCGCAAGUAAGGUUGGUUACUUUUUUGUUUAG